GUAAAAACAGCCAGGGUAGAAUCGCGUUACGUCGGCCCACUUUGCUAGCGACAAACAUAAACACACUGGCUUCUGUCCCCAACGCUGGAGAGUGGAGGGUGAAACAGAUGAACACCAAGCAGACGUCAUUUGAAAGAAGCAGACGACAGUUAUUUGUGAAAGUAGCAGACGACAGUUCCUUGAGGAGGUAGCAGACGACACAACGCGUCCACCAUGCCGAACACGACCACAUGUAACGUGGAGAACUAUCAAUGCUCUGAUAUAGGGCUGUUGAUGCCCUUCGUCAGUGAGUACACAUGGCCUAUAGCCGCACGAGCCACCAUUUAUUUCAUUGGUCUCCUAUGGAGCUUCAUGGCAGUGUCUAUAGUUGCUGACAUAUUCAUGCGUUCUAUAGAAACCAUCACCAGCCGGACUAGACCGAUUCGGAUCCAUUCUUCUACCUCACCAACUGGGUAUAUUGAUGUCGAGGUUAAAGUAUGGAAUGACACUGUAGCCAAUUUGACGCUGAUGGCUCUGGGAUCAAGUGCCCCUGAAAUCUUACUAUCCGUUAUUGAAGUCAGCUUCAAUGGCUUCAGAUCUAAGGAUCUUGGACCCAGUACCAUCGUUGGAUCCGCAGCAUUCAAUCUGUUUGUUAUCACUGCCAUGUGUAUCGUAGCUGUUCCAGCAGCUGAGAAGAAGCUGAUCAAGAACGUGAAGGUAUUUGCAGUAACUAGCAUUUUCAGCCUCUUUGCAUAUCUAUGGCUAUUGGUCAUCCUCAUAGGAAUAACCCCUGAUUACGUUGACCUAUGGGAGGCCAUUGUCACGCUGCUGUUCUUCCCCAUCCUCGUGGUCGUCGCAUACAUCGCCGACAAAGACUACUGCGGUAAACCAGGCAAAGAUGAAGAAGCGCCGUUUGGAAUUGGAGGCCUGGAUCCCGAAAAAGCAUCCAAAGAUUUUGUGGUGGAAGUUCUUAAAAAAAUCGGCAAGCAGCCAAAUUUGACAGAAGAGGAUGAAGCGCGUAUUGUCGCGGCCUAUGUCUCCAAGAACACGUCUCACCGCCAGGGUUGGUACAGGAUGAACGCCAUUAGGAACCUCACAGGGGGGCCCCGCCUCGUUCCAACAACCAAUGAGAGGCAAGACAAGAUCUUGACCAAGCUGCUGACCGGUGAGGACAUUGGGUCAAGUGUGUCCCUUUAUGAAGAUAUCGAUGCAGGAGUAACGGCCAUAGUGGAGUGGGCUGCAUCGUCAACCGCCGUCAUGGAGAAAGAUGGUCGCGCCAAACUCGCUCUGAUGAGGCACGGCAAUACUCAAAACAAGGUGUUGAUCAGGGUUGAGACGAUUGACGGAACAGCGGAGGCCAAUUCCGAUUACAAACCGUUCAAGGAGACGAUAGUGUUUGAGCCAGGGGUGACCGCAAAACAGAUCGACAUUGAGAUCAUCGACGACAACGAGUGGGAGCCGGACGAGGUGUUCUUUGUGAGACUGACGGCAGAGCCCGAGCAACAGGCCCGGAUUGGGAAGAGGUCGGUCACGCAGAUCACCAUCCUGAACGACGACGAUCCGGGCGUAUUCGGGUUCGGCAAGCCGAGCUUUGUGUUCAAGGAGAGCGCUGGACGCGCGAUGAUCCCUGUAGAGAGGUCUAACGGAGCGGACGGGAGGGUGGUUGUUGGAUGGAAAACAAAGGACAUGACCGCCAUCAGCAGCAAAGACUACAUCGGUGGCAAGGGAGAGAUAGAGUUUCACCAUGGGGAGACGACCAAGUAUAUCGAGAUCCAGAUCAUUGACGAUCAGGACUUCGAGAAGGAUGAACAUUUUGAAAUCGAACUGACCGAUGUCGUUCCUGACGGCGCUAGAAUCGGAAGAUUGAAGCGGACUGUUGUGACCAUCAUGAACGACGAUGAGUUCACCGGAGUUGUGUCACGUGUUGUUAACUUGACGAACGCCAACCUGGACUCGCUCAAAGUGUCGACGACGACGUGGGGGCAGCAGUUUGAAGAAGCCAUGAAUGUCAAUGGCGGGGACGUCGAAAACGCCACCAUCUUCGACUAUGUCAUGCAUUUCGUAACAUUUGGCUUCAAGGUGAUAUUCGCCUGCAUCCCUCCCCCGUCCAUCUGGAGCGGCUGGCUGUGUUUCUUCGUCUCUCUUGGCGCCAUCGGUGUUCUGACGGCCAUUGUUGGUGACCUUGCCGCCCUGUUCGGCUGCCUGGUAGGGCUGAAGGACACCGUCACUGCCAUUACGUUUGUCGCUCUCGGAACAAGCUUGCCGGAUCUGUUCGCCAGUAAACAAGCUGCUGUGCAGGAGGAGACUGCCGACAACUCCAUUGGGAACGUCACCGGUAGCAACUCCGUCAACGUUUUCCUCGGCCUUGGCCUUUCCUGGCUGAUCGCUGCCGUGUAUUGGACGUCACAGGGCAAGACAUUCGAGGUACCAGCAGGUUCUCUGAGCUUCAGCGUCACCUUGUACACCAUCUGUGCUGUUCUGGCCCUGGGACUUUUGGUCAUCCGUAGGCUUGUCGCCAAAUUCGGUAAAGCGGAGCUGGGCGGAAGUAAGAUUCCCAAGAUUAUGUGCGCUGUGUUCCUCGUGUUCCUGUGGGUUUUCUACGUCAUCAUGUCGUCCCUGCAGGCGUAUGGGCACAUCCAAGCCUUCUAGAGCACGGGUCGAGAAGCGCCAGGUGCUUUUGGCAAGUCGCAACAAAUGGGCAUGUUGACACCCAAAGAAGGUUUCCAAUACCGAACAUAUAUCUAAAAUACUGAGAGAAAUGUAUACUAUUCACAAUUUGCUUAGGAUCAAAUCAUUGAUUCAACAGAAAACUAUGAUGUGUCAUAUUUG